AAAAGCUGGCUCGCGCCUGAGUGUUGGAGCAGAAGAGCUUUGCAGAGUGGGAUUAUUUCGAAAGCUUAGCUGCGUUCAAGUAAACUGGGCGAACGCCAGCUAUGGCAAAGGGGCUGCAAGUUCGCGGGGCUUGGGGGCUUCUCGCCUUCUGCUGCUGCUCCGCGGUCUCCUUUGUGUUGCGGAAUGAGAACGAGCGACCGAUUAUUGGAAUAUUAGCUCAGGAAACUUUUGAAAAUUUUCAGAAGUUUGGAAGUUCUUACAUUGCUGCUUCUUAUGUGAAAUUCAUCGAAUCAGCUGGAGCAAGAGUAAUACCAGUACGAUUGAAUCGUUCCAAUGAAGAAUAUGAUGAGAUAUUCCGUUCUAUAAAUGGAAUACUUUUUCCGGGAGGUGGUGUUGAUCUUGAAACUUCUGAAUUUUCCAGAGUGGCUAAAAUAUUCUAUACAAAAGCACUAGAGGCCAAUGAUAGAGAAGAUUACUUUCCCAUUUGGGGGACAUGCUUAGGACACGAAUUGCUCACCUAUCUCACGAGUGGAGAAAACUUGCUCGUUCGGACAAAUACAAAUGGCUUCACAAUGCCGCUGAAUUUUACUCAAGCUUCAAACCACAGUAAGAUGUUCCAGGAUUUUCCUGAAGAGAUAUAUGAACUGUUAGCUUCAGAGCCUGUAUCUUCACACUUUCAUUUCUGGAGCCUAUCUAUGCAGAAUUACACAAAAAAUGAGAAACUGCGCAACUUUUAUAAGAUCUUAACAACUAAUUUUCAUAAUGUGGAAUUCAUAUCCACCAUGGAAGCUUACAGAUACCCUAUUUAUGGUGUUCAGUGGCAUCCAGAAAAAAAUCCAUUUGAAUGGAAAAAUUCAACUGGCAUUCCACAUUCAUCAGCAUCUAUAAAAGUAACAUUUUUCCUAGCUAACUUCUUAGUCAAUGAAGCCCGGAAGAGCAAUCACCAUUUUUCCAGCAAAAAGGCUGAGGCUGAUGCACUGAUUUAUAAUUUUAAUCCUCUCUACACUGGGACCUUUUCAUCUUUUGACCAAGUGUACUUUUUUGAUUAAAUUGCCAGCCUGAAGAAGAACAUAAGUAAAUUUUAAAAUGAUUUAAUAUUUCUGUUUAAAUUGAUACAGUGUAUUGUAAGGGCAAAAAUUCAGAUUGUGUGUAGGUCUUUGUAGAACUUAUCCUUUCCAUUCCUUUCUGUAGAAUCAUUCAUGUUCCAAAGCGAUGAAUUUGGAAAAAGCUUCUGAAGCAACUUGACACUAAAAGCUUGUUGUGAAAGCCCUGAAUCUUAUGAACCUUGUGCAGGAAUACUUCUGAGUGUCCCCAAUAACUGUUCACUUGAAGCACAAACCCCUUAUGGGUUCAAUAACUAGAAAUGGAACAGUAUUUGUUAGUUUGGUGGUUACAGUAAAUCAUACAGGAUUUGACUUACCGUUUCCUAUUAUUACAGGCUUGGCAAAGGGGGACAUGUCCUCAGUAGAACUCACAUUGUUCUGAUCUUUAUCAUAUCUGGAAUUGGUAAACACUCCAGCCUUAUAUAACAUUAUAUGUAGUUUAUCUUUAUGUUUUCAUUAAUUGCACAUAUUUCAUUUGUGAAAUUGCACUUAACUAUUUGUGUUCAUUUAAAACUCUUAUUUAAUGGGAAAAGUUGAAGAGGAUGGCUUUUUAAUGUGAAUGGGAAUGAAGACUUCUCUUCGAUCAAAGAACUUCUGCUAUAGUUGUUUCUGUCCAUUAAGGAACAGUGUGAUAUAAAAAUUCUCAGGUAACCCAUUCUUAAAUAAAGGAGAACAUUUCUCCUUGGACACACAUUCUGAGCCUCUCACUGGAAUGCCUUUUUAAUUUCAUAUCUUCAACCUGCCAAUUGCUCUCUUCCCUUCCUUUUCUUAUAUCUCUGUUGUAUGUGGUUUUAGUGUUUAGAGUAGACAUCAUUAUCCACCCAAACAAUGUUGUAUUUUUUAAUCCUCCUUUUUAUGAGAUUCCUUUCUUUUAUACAUUUUUCUUGGAAUAAUGCAGCACUUUAAAAAUUAUUUUGCUCUUUUUUUAAAAGAAACUAUUGCCACAAAUUCACUGAUAUACAUGUAUCUUCUAUAAAGUUUACUAUUAUGACACAGAUAGAUAAUCUCUGAGCCUCAUUAGUUUUCUCUCCCCUACAUUUUAAUCACCUUCUUUGCUUUCUACUCAUAAUCACUUCCUGUGUGGUCCAUGCACUUUAAACUGAUUGGAUUUGUAUAAUACUGUGGAGAUAACUCAUACUAAGUACACCCAUUGUUUCCAGACCCAUUCUAUACAUGAAUCUUCUAGGGAUCAUGAAAACUGAAGUCCUGGUACAUCUGAGAGGCAUCUUCUUAUGGAAGGUUAAGUUUUGCUUUGCUUUGAGAGCUUCAGGCAGCACUUUCCCUUGUGCUCUGCCAGCUGGUAACCUCAUGAGACAUUUAAACGGACAAGACAAAUAUUUUGAAAUGCAUUUUUGUCUUUGACGAUGCUUACAAAAAUUCAGAUGGCAUUCUACUCCUAAAACUUAUCCACGAUGGGAAAAAGGCACUCAAUUUACCAUUCAGCUGCAUCCCAGCCUUCUCAAAAUAGAAACUCAGUAUUUCAGGUUGACCCAACCUGAAAGCCGUAAAGCGGUUGCUUGAAAGUGACUUUCAUUCCAUUCCAGGAUUCUAUCAAUAUCAUUUGUAUAGAUUAAUGGAGCUUGGGGUUUUCUACUUGAAAUACUGUUUUUGCAAAAAUUUGAAGCUCAGAGAAUCCUUCUAAGAUGUCAUCUUAUUUUAAGAUGGACCAGAUUUUCCCCAUAAAAGGUUUUGGUUUUAUUUACAAUUAAUGCAUUUAAGAUCUGUGGUUUUCUAAGAUUUGUCAUAACUGUUUAAUAACUAAGGUGCUAAAUAUGCUUAGGGGCAGUCUGCAUUACCCUGAGUACUGAAGUGAAACAUUCCAAUUUACCAAAUAUUAACAGGGUUUUCAUAUAAUACAACAGAUAUGCAAAUUUAGAAAACUAGAUCUAUAUUUUGAUAUAUAAAGUAUUUGUGACUGAAAUUCUCUUCUUGGGUAAAAUAUUAUGCUAAUAUCUCAAAUACAUGAGUAUCUGCUAGUGUGGCCUAUGGGGAAAAAAAACCUCAUAGAUUUUUCCCUGUCAUUUUCUUUUCGUAAAUAUAAAAACCUUGCAUGUUGAUGAUGCUAUUAAUGUGAGUUAAAGAUCAGCCUUUUAAAAAAAUAUAUAGGAUUAUUUUUUUGUCUUUUUACAAUUGCACUUUUUGUAUUUCACUAAUAUAUUGUAAUAGCCUGUGGACCAGGCAUGAUCCACAAAUUGUGCUUUGAUUUGUUUUCUUGUUGUGGUUGUUUUGCAGUCCUUCUGAUUAUAGUGAUCACACAAAAUUGAUAAGGUCUUCAAAAACAUGAAAUAUAGGAUAAUACGUUAAGUUUUAGAAUGGUCUUUAAAAAAUUGUAAUUCGCCUCAUUCUCCCCCUCCCUUCCCCCCCAAAACUGGGAUAAACCAAUAAUUAUUGUGGUCCUUUGGGCUGUUAAAAAACUACGUUUCCCAUAUUAAAAGACCAAACCUGAAUGACUAAAUGACAGGAAGUAAGUGUGAAUGUAUUUUAAGUGUUAUACAAUUUGUUUAAUUUAAUACAGUUACUCAAUUGUAUUCUUUCAUCAUAUAUUUGACUUUGAUCCUAUGGCCUUGUAUUCUUUGCUGAAAUGUGUUUAUUGCUGUAUAAUAAAGGAAAUGCAACUUAAUAGUG